AAAAAAUAAAAAUAAAAAAAAAAAAGUUCUUAAAGGAUGGACAGGCACAUGGACCGGAACCGGAAAAGCGAAACAGUUGCAAAGCUGCGGACCGCUGCGUACCGUACCGGCUAUCUGUGACUUCUUCACAAUGUCUGUUAAAUUAAACGCGUUGUUUAGCGAUUCUUACGUUGACAUUAGUCAAUACAGAGACCAACAUUUUAAGGGUAACCGCUAUGAUCAGGAGAAGCUGCUGAAGCAGAGCAACACUUUGUAUGUUGGGAAUCUGUCCUUCUACACCACUGAGGACCAGGUGCAUGAGAUAUUUUCUAAAAGUGGAGACGUCAAGCGCAUCAUCAUUGGCCUGGAUAAAGUCAAGAAGACAGCCUGCGGAUUCUGCUUUGUGGAAUACUACACACGUACAGGUGCAGAAAAUGCCAUGCGCUUCAUUAAUGGCACGCGGCUGGACGACCGUAUCAUAAGGACAGACUGGGACGCCGGCUUCAAGGAGGGACGGCAGUACGGCCGCGGCAAAUCUGGAGGACAGGUGAGAGAUGAGUACAGGCAGGACUACGACCCAGCCAGAGGCGGCUACGGUAAGCUGGCUUCGCAGCAUCGACCCACAGAGGCACAGAACACCUUUUAGGCUGAACCCCACCACAGUAGUCUGCCUGGACUACACAGAGCCCCACCCUCAGUCCUGGACCAGAUGAAUUCUUCAACACUGCCACAACAUGCUACCACAGACUGUUUGUUCAAACUCUACAGCAGGUCUGCAUGGACCACUGGACCCCAGAAAUUAGCAGCUGUUAUUUAUUUUGUUUUCUGUUCUGACUGCCUCUCUGACUUCCAUACCUGCUAUCGGUCUACAUGGUAGCACAGGCCAAAACCCCAAGGUUACAAUGUGAUUUUAAGUCAUGUUUUCAUUGUCCUGCGUCAGGGAAUACCAUACAUUUCUCUACUGGCUGGGAAAGGCUCUGGUAGCAUGUAGUGACUGGGUUGAUGAUGAAUCAAAUAUCAAGACAAAAAAAAUAUAUCUUGUCGAGUCGCCAUCUCUGGUGAAAAAUAAUGCUCUGCUGAAGUAAUAGUGAGGAAGCAUUCUGUUGUCAUCUUAACUGAUUUCCACGAAUGAAACUGUGUCCCAAAUUGGGUAUACUUUUUUAAAUAAAGAUUUUUUUUUUGACAUUUUCGACGAGUGAUAUUGUUAAUUUUUCCUAAGUACAAUGUAAUCCUAGUAAAGGUCUAGUUAUCCAACGGUCUGUGCUUAACAUUGUGAAUGUCAUUCAGCAGACUUUUCACGGGAGAAUAAUAUUACAUGUAUAUAAAUGCAUAUUUAGCAAAUAAGUGUAAUAUGAUUAAACCUGCAAUAACA